GAGAGAGAGAACACCAAGUAAAAAUCAUACAGUGGAAAAAGAGAGAGGAAGGAAAAAUCGUAAAGCAAACACAAUCACAAAAGAAAUACGAACAAAAAAAGACAUGCAAACAUUGACAGAAAAAACGUGGAAACCGGAAAUAAACAACGACUCCUAAUUAAUACAAACAAACAGGCAGCAAGAGAGAGAGAGAGAGAGAGAGAGAGAGAGAGAGAGAGAGAGAGAGAGAGAGAGAGAGAGAGAGAGAGAGAGAGAGAGAGAGAGAGAGAGAGAGAGAGAGAGAUAAAACAAGGUAAAAAUUCAUGAAAAGCUAAGAGAUACAUCGCAUGACACCUGAAAAAACACAUGCAUUAAUUAAACCCCAGUAUCAAAAGACGAGGUGUGAAAGAGGUUAACAACUGCAGAGAGGAAGGAAAAAAAGAGAAAAAGAAAUAAAAAGAAAUAAGAAUUCAUGCAAAGCUCAUAGAUAUAUCGCAUGCCAAUUGAAAACACCACAUGCAUUAACCAAACCCCAGAAAAAGAUGAGAAUAUGAAAGAGGUUAACUAACACAAAACAGGAUGGGGGUUAACAGAGACGCGUUGCCCCCUCAUCACCAGCACCACCACCACCAGGAAGAGGAUGAGGUGGGGAUGACCCUGUGACCUAGAGGCAUGAAUGGCAGUGACCCGCCCCGUGUCCUCACCCUGUCCCCGACCCCCCACGCCUCACGCCCUUCCUUCGAGCUUAAGAAUCCGUGUCGCUUCCUCAACACAACUUUUUCCUCGCUGUGCAGUGGCGGUAACAGUAUCAGUGGCGGUGUUGGGAGAGCGAUAGACUUCCACAACACAUCCUCCGCAGGGGCACUACACCCUCCAAGUACCCUGUCUACUUUAUCCUCAUCGCCUCUAAGCCCUUCGUCGCCAGCCUCGCCAGCUUACCCACUGUACGAGGACUAUUACGAAUACGAACACUAUAAUUUUACGGACGAGCAGUGGGGAGUGGUUCGGCAGCUCAAUCUCUACUACGUGCCGCUUCUGAUCGUGGUGGGCUUCGUCGGGAACCUCCUCUCCUGCGUGGUGUUCCUCAAUACAAGACUUCGCAUGAGGUCGUCUAGUUAUUACUUGGCGGCGCUGGCGGUGGCUGACGUAACCUACCUGUUCAUUUUGUUCCUUGUGUGGCUGGAUCUCCUCGGCUUCAACACCUUUAAUGUCAACGUGAUGUGUCAGCUGGAAAUCUACUUGGGAUCAGUGUCCAGCUCGCUAAGUGUGUGGCUGACGGUGGCCUUCACGGUGGAGAGGUUUAUCGCGGUGCAGUACCCCCUGCAGCGCCCCACCGUCUGCACCGUCCACCGCGCCAAGACAGUCAUCCUCACCCUGGCAGGCUUCAGUGUCACCGUUCACCUGUACGUCUUCGUCACUGCCGGCGUUAUAGUUCACCACGAUGAGGCAAGUGUUCGGUGGCUUGUGAAUUGUGACGUGGUGUGA